AUGACUCCGUAUAAAUUCGACCUAGAUUACGGCCACUGCACCAUCUACUAUAUGGGUCCAACUACGACGCUCGCUUUACUCUCUCUCGUGCUUGAAAUAUACGCACAACAUAUUGGCACUCUUACGGCGGAGGUCCAUCCAUCGUUGGCGAUCCAACAAUGUACCCUCGCUCAAGGUUGUCAAACGAUACAAAAAUCGGUUGUCCUCGACGCUAACUUGCGGUGGACCCACCGCACCGACGGAUACACAGACUGCUACACGGGUAACACAUGGGACCCGGUGCUGUGCGACAAUAAUCCGGUACUCUGUGCUCAAAGCUGCGCCGUCGAUGGUGCUGAUUAUCCUGCUACCUAUGGAAUUACCACCGCUGGGACGAGCAUCAGUCUUCGAUAUGUCACGGAGGGCCAGUAUCAGAGGAACGUUGGAUCGAGGGUAUUCCUCUUAGACGACAAUAACAACUACAUGCAAUUCCGCCUUGCAAACAGGGAGUUCACGUUUGAUGUGGAUCUCUCACAAAUGCCGUGCGGAACGAAUGGGGCACUGUAUUUCGUCGACAUGCACCGCGACGGAGGUCUCAGCGCUUUCCCAGAUAAUCGUGCUGGGGCCCGCUAUGGGACCGGAUAUUGUGACUCACAGUGCUCGCGCGACCUCAAGUGGAUUGACGGAGAGGCAAACUCUCUCAAUUGGACCCCGUAUACCGACUCGAAGGGCAAAGGGCACUAUGGCGGCUGUUGUGCAGAGGUGGAUUUGUUACAGGGUAAUGCGCACUCGUCUAUCUGGGCGACGCAUGCUAGCCACGGCCCCGGUCCCAGCCGUUGCGCGGAUGUGGUCGAAUGCGGCGACAGGCCAUAUUAUACCUACGAUGGCAUUGGCGAUAAGGAUGGUUGCGAGUUCAACGCGUAUCGCCUUGGAAAUCCUUCUUUCUACGGUCCCAAUGCCGUUAUAAAUACCGACCUCCCGUUCACCGUGACCACACAGUUCAUCACUGAAAACGGUGACGAUAACAGCAUUGUUGUCGAAGUUCGUCGACUAUACAAGCAGAAUGGCGUUGUCAUACCUGCACCCCCAAGCAACAUCGUCCCUGCUCCGUCGACUGGUUUGACCACUUUCGGGCCAUACGACACAAUCACCGACCAAUAUUGCCAUGAUAUCAAAACUGUAUUCAACGACGUGGAUAUGACAGAUGCUUACGGUGGAUUACAGCAUACCGUCUUGCCCCACUGGUCACACGAUGGACUUGUUCUGGCAUUCAGCAUAUCUGAUGAUGAUGAGCGGCAUAUGGAAUGGCUUGAUACCCCACCUCAUGGACCUUGCGCUCCAGGCUCCGGUGUUCCCUCAGACUUGCAAGCGGAAUACCCAACCUCACGGAUUCAAUUCUCAAAUAUCAAGUACGGGGAAAUCGGAUCGACGUAUUAG